AUAAGUUAUAUGAUGUAACGUUUGUUAUCUCACCAAACGAGUCUUUACUCGCUACACAUAUAAACCCACUCUCUCUCUCACUCACUCCACACACACUUUUGUCUUUCUCUCUCUACUCUACACACACUGUCUCUCUAAAGCCUCAGAGAUGAGUUCUCAGAUUUGCAGAUCUGCUUCACGUGCUGCCAAAUCUCUCAUUUCUACCUCUUCCAAGCACUCUUCUCGUGCUUUUUCAGGGGGGCGAGCAGCAGCUGCAGCAGCCGCAGUUUCUUUGAGAGGAGUAGUGCCUUCUCUAGCCUCAUAUGGCAGGACGGAAUCGGGAAAUGCAUCUAGAGCUUGGAUUUCUGGUGUCCUGGCCCUUCCUGCAGCAGCUUACAUGCUCCAAGAGCAAGAAGCACAUGCUGCUGAGAUGGAGCGCACCUUUAUCGCCAUCAAGCCAGAUGGAGUACAGAGGGGCCUGAUUUCAGAAAUCAUAUCACGUUUUGAGCGCAAGGGCUUCAAGCUGGUCGCAAUCAAAGUUGUGAUCCCUUCCAAAGAAUUUGCACAGAAGCACUAUCAUGACUUGAGUGAGAGACCAUUCUUCAACGGCCUGUGUGAUUUCCUUAGCUCUGGCCCAGUCCUAGCAAUGGUUUGGGAAGGUGAAGGAGUAAUCAGAUACGGAAGGAAGCUUAUCGGAGCCACAGAUCCACAGAAAUCUGAACCCGGAACCAUUAGAGGCGACUUAGCUGUUGUAGUUGGAAGAAACAUCAUCCAUGGUAGUGAUGGCCCUGAGACCGCGAAAGAUGAGAUCAACCUAUGGUUUAAACCAGAGGAGUUGGUUCACUACACAAGCAAUUCAGAGAAGUGGUUAUAUGGUGAAAACUAGGCUAACAUACUACUAUGCCUUAGCGUAAAUUGCCAUUAAAUAGGGAUAAAGAGUAACAAACUCAUAAUUAUUAUCAAAAGAAUAAUGCCAAUUUUCCUUAGGCGGCGACUAGCAACUUUACAUUUAGUAUACUGUUGAAUCACCACAAUAAUUUGUACUGGAAUACUGAGCUCCAUUGUUCUUGAACUUCAUUUUCUUGCUCCCAGUGGGAAGAUUAAUUGCAGCAGCUAUUGGUCCA